UUUCAUGCUAGUGGACUCUAUAUAUCCAAACUGGUUUUCGUUUGGUUAUUUGCUCAAAUAUCUGAUAUGGGAUGUGCAUGGAGUGAACCAGCUAAAGUUCAGCAGGAUAAGAGUAGGGCUAUAGAGAAGCAAAUAAGACACGAUGCAGAAAAAUCAAUGAAAGAGGUCAAGUUACUUCUUCUUGGUGCUGGUGAGUGUGGGAAGUCGACAGUUUUAAAACAGAUGAAAAUAAUCCAUGGUGAAGGUUACAGAGAAGAAGAGAGAAAAGAAUACAAACCCAUCAUUUUUGCCAACACCCUUCAGUCGAUGAUAAAAAUACUAAAAGCAAUGGAGACACUGGAUAUAACGGCGGAUGGUUUCGACCAAGCAGAUGAGUUAAAGCACCUAAACGGAUAUUUACCUACAGUUGAAGAAGGAGAUUUUCCUGGGGAUUUAUCAAGACUUUUACUGAAAUUAUGGAACAACACAAGUGUGCAGAAAUGUUUCGCACGUUCCAAGGAAUACCAACUGAAUGAUUCCGCAGGCUACUACCUCAGUUCUAUUGAUAGAAUAUCUGCUUCUGAUUACUUGCCAACUGAACAAGAUGUAUUGAGAUCUAGGGUGAAGACAACGGGUAUAGUCGAAACGAACUUUCGGUUCAAGGAUCUAGACUUUAAGGUUUUCGAUGUCGGUGGACAACGUGCUGAACGUAAAAAAUGGUUACAUUGUUUUGAAGGUGUUACUGCUAUUUUAUUUAUAGUUGCUAUGUCAGAAUAUGAUUUAAAAUUAGCUGAAGAUCAAACUACUAAUAGAAUGCAUGAAUCAUUACAAUUAUUUGAUUCAAUAUGUAAUAGUCAAUGGUUUGUUGAAACAAGUAUGAUAUUAUUUUUAAAUAAAAAAGAUUUAUUUAAUGAAAAAAUACAAAAAUCUCCAUUAACAAUAUGUUUCCCUGAAUAUACCGGAGAACAAACAUAUGAAGAAGCAUCUAAUUAUAUAAGAGAAAAAUUUGAAGAUGUUAAUCGUAGAAAAACAACUAAAACAAUUUAUACACAUUUUACAUGUGCUACUGAUAAUAAUAAUAUACGUGUUGUAUUUGAUGCUGUAAUAGAUGUGAUUAUUAAAUCAAAUUUAAAAGAUUGUGGUUUAUUUUAAUAAUUCAUUAUCCAUAGAUACUACUGAUUAACUGAUUAAAAUCAGUAGUGAAUAUAAUUUAGUUUUAAAAUGUUCAUGAAAUAUUGAUUAAUGAAUUCAAUAAAACACCACCACCACCACAACAACAACAACAACCGCCGCCACCACCACCAUCAUCACUAUCACUACCAACAACAUACACACACACACACGGAUGCACACUUACACACACGCAAUGUAUACAUAUCAAAAUAGAAUCGAUUUAAACAAGUAUGUGUGUGUGUAUGUGCGGAGGGGCGGGGAAGAAUAUACACAAAAUGUUUUUCUUUUUUUGUUUUUUUUUAAAAGAGAAAAAAACAUAAACAAAGAUUGUUCAUUUGUGUUUAUAAAACAGGAAAAAAAACGCGAAAACAAUACCAAUUUGGUUAAUUUGUUUAAUAGUUUUGUUCUUUUAUUAUUUUCUUCUUUUUUCUUUUCUUUUCUUUCUUUUCUUUACUUUAUCUUAGCUUGACUCUUAAUCUUUUUGACAAACUUUUUUUCUUCUUCUUUUCAUUGUUCUUAUUAAGAUUUUAUAAUGAUUAUAAUAGAAUCAAUUUAAUGUAUUUCAUUGAAUAAUGGAUAGUGUAAUGAUUAGUAUGAUUGUUUUCAAUGGGAUAAUGUUUAUUGACUACAUUACCUAAUUUUUCUGCUCCUCCUCCUCCUCCUUUCCUUCUUCUUUUCCCCCUUCUUCUUCUUCUUCUCUUCCUCCUCCUCCCCCUUCUAUUAUCCGGGCUUGGAACCGGUAAGUGUUAGAAGAGUUAUAGAUGGAGUUCUAUUUUAAUGAUAAUCAGGUUAAAAAUAAUCAAAUAAAACGUCUUCUUUAUUUUUAACGAGCAGGCUAUAUCUCGUGUUUUAUUGUGUUUUUUUUUGUAUUAUUAUUCCAAAAUACACUUAUUAUAAAUGUACUAUAAUGUACUAUUUGUUUAGUCUUUUUAAGUUAAAUAUAACAUUGUGAUCAUUGAAAUUUGACAACACUUUGACUAGUAACACUUUCUAUAGUCAUCGAAACGUGUUAAUCCAAUGAAAUCAGAAGUUAGAAGUGAAGAGGUUCGAAUAUAUAUUUUCUGAUUAGAGAGUAAUUUUUCUAUGGAAUGGAGUGGCUAACUUCAUGCCCAACCCUCCUCCUUUAUCUGAGCUUGGUACUAGGAGUAACUCUAGAAGAGCUACAGCUGAAGAGAUUCGUAGAUAUAUUUAAUAAGUUAUCAAUAUAUUGAGAAGUGACUAAUUUAAACUAUCUAGUCGUUGUAGGAAAAGUUGAGAACAACAUAUCCAUUGAUGAUGUGGUGCCGAGCUAUGCACUGAGCUCUUUCAACUAAGUGAGUACAAUAAAACUAAGACGGUCAACAGCAAAUGUUGAAGACUUACAGAGCUAUUGAUUUUAGGGAUUUAUUUACCGUUACCAUAUUAACAGUGAGACAAAAAUAGCAUAUAAUAUCGGUAUGGGGUUGUGGAGAUUAUUAACUUUUUGAUAGAGGUCAUGAACCGAUUGAUGUUAGACCAUCAUUGGAUACCUGGAAGCACUGGACAGCCAUUUCGACAUGUUAUGGAACUCCUCAGCAGUGGGCAUCCGCGAUCCCGACCGCGGGAUUCGAACCCAGGCCCUUCGGUCUCGCGCGCAAACGCUUAACAUUUAGACCACUGAGCCGGCGUCCAACGGUUCUAGUGAUGGCCAUGACGGCCAUAGUAAGAGUACAUUGUACGAAAUUCAGGGAGGGAACUAAAACACAACUUGAUAUCAUUUCAUGAAACCAUUAACUAUUUUGAGAUAGAAUGGUGGUUGGAGAUAGUCAACAGGAAACCCUGAACCAGGGUUUCGUCCUCUUUGUCACUCGUCAGCAAGUCGAACCUGUAAUCUCGAGGGAACUAAUGCUCCCUGACGGAUUCGAUCCCGUAUCACCCAGCUUCACAGUUAGAGACGCUACCAUUGGGCUAUCCGGGUCCAGGGUUUUGUGCUGACUACCUCCAACCACCAUUCUAUCUCAACAUAGUGCACGCAAUGUCGAGUCACCUAGACUAGUGGCUACAUUGCAGCUUAGUCGAUAGCAUUUGAUUUACUCUAAGAAACACUUGACACACAUGACACUGAUCACCAUCAAGUGAUCAGUCAACCAUGUGGAAAAAUAUAGACUAUCGAUUGUCGAAAAGUCUGGAUAAUAUGGCUCAAAAUAGAUCAUAAUGUAUAAAAAUGUAUCCACUGAUUGUUAUCUCUAAGAUCUUACUUAUCAAAAAUGUCUUAUACAUCUGAUUAUACUAUUCAAGUCUAGUUUCGCUAUUAACAUUGAUACUAUUAUCAUUAUUACUCUGAAUUUUAUCUUGUUGUGAUGUUAUGAUAUAACCACUUGAACCAAUACACAUGAUGACCAGGUUCUAGGUUGCUUAUAUAACUAACUAACUGAAGGUAUUUACUUCUCUUAUUUGAUAUAUUUGUCAUAAGUAUAAUUAAUUAUUUUUGAACAAUAUACCCACUACUAUGGUGUAUACUACUGAUAUUGACAGAUAUAAGUAGUAGCAUGUAUCAUCAAUCGAAAGGGAAAUGUUUAACAAUAGAAGGUUAAGUAGAUCGACGAGAACGAGAACAAAGAGUGAUUGAUGUAGAAAAGAAGAAUCAGACAAAUCUGAGACAAUUGAUUGACAUUUUUGUAAAUGAAGUAUCUACUGUAUGGUUCUCAGAUGUUACUAAGAGAUAUUGUAAUUUUGUGUUGUAGUACAUUCGAUUGUCCCCAUUUGUAUUCUCAUUCACCACACUGUUAUAUCAGUUUUAAAAUAUGGUUGUUUAAUAGAAGGUAUAGAAAGGUUGAACAUAGUUCAAACUAAUAACCCUGAAAAUAAUCCAUUGAUUCGUUGAACUUAAUUACUUACGCCUGUUACUCCUAAUGGAGCAUAGGCCGCCAAUCAGCAGUCUCCAACCCACUCUGUCCUGAGCCUUCCUUUCUAAUUCCAUCCAAUUCUUGUUCAUUUUCCUCAUGUCUAUGUCCGUUUCCCGGCGUAAUGUGUUCUUUGGUUUUCCACUUUUCCUUUGGCCUUGAGGAUCCCAUAUGAGGGCUUGUCUUGUGACACAGUUGGGUGCUUUCCUCAAUGUGUGUCCUAUCCACUUCCAGCUUUCUUCCUAAUUUCUUCCUCAGCUGGGAUCUGGUUUGUUCUCUCCCACAGUAUGUUGUUACUAAUAGUGUCCGGCCAACGGAUCUGAAGUAUUUUGCGUAGACAACUUUUAAUAAACACCUGUAUUUUCUGGAUGAUGGCUUUCGUAGUUCUCCAGGUUUCUGCCCCAUACAGUAGAACUGUCUUGACAUUUGUAUUGAAGAUCCUGACCUUGGUGUUGGCUGACAGUUGUUUUGAGUUCCAGACAUUCUCCAAUUGUAAAUAUGCUGCUCUUGAUUUGCCGAUCCGCGCUUUCACAUCUGCAUCAGACCCACCAUGUUCAUCAACGAUGCUGCCCAAAUAUGUGAACGUUUCUACAUCUUCCAAAUCUUCUCCGUCAAUUGUGAUUGGAUUGGUGCAUGCUGUAUUUUAUCGGAGAAUCUUGCUUUUCCCUUUGUGUAUAUCGAGACCUACUGCUGCUGAGGCUGCUGCUACACUGGUCGUUUUCUCCUGCAUUUGUUGUUGCGAUUGCGAUAAGAGGACUAGAUCAUCUGCGAAGUCUAGGUCGUCAAGCUGCAUCCUAGAUGUCCGCUGUAUCCCGCGUUUCCCUCCAGAUGUUGGCGUCUUCAUGAUCCAAUCGAUCACCAGGAGAAAGAGAAAGGGUGAGAGUAAGUAACUUUGCCUGAUUGAUUCGUUGAAGAAAAGACAUAUAUAAUUCAGUGAAUAGGUUUUCAUUUCUGACAAGAUCAGACAUUGAAGCAGUACAGUUGUAUUUAUAAUUGGUUAAAAAUGAUUAAUAAUCUUUCGGAAAACAGAAAUCUGUCUUGCUUACUUAUUCAUGUUACCCAUCACGAAGAAGCAUAGGUUGCCUAUCAACAUUCUUCAUCCAAUUCUGUCAUAGCCAAUCCUUUCCACUUGUUUCCAGUUGCUAUUCAUCCUUUUCAUGUUUGCUUCCGAUUCCCGACUCAAUGUGUUCUUUUGCUUUCCACUUUUCUGUUUCCAUUAUGGAUACCAACUUAGCGCUUGUUUCGUGAUGCAGCUUGAUGAUUUCCACAGUGUAUGUUCUAUCCACUUCCAAUGUCUUCUCUUGAUUUCCUCUUCACCUGGAAACAGAUUUGUUCUCUCCCACAGUAGGUUGUUGCUGAUGGUAUCCGGUCAACAUACACUAAGUGUCUUGAGUAGACAAUUGUUUAGAAAUACUUGUACUCCUUUGAUGAUGAUUGUGACAGUUCUAUUGUACGGAGCUGAAACCUGGAGAAGUACUGCAACCAUCAUCAAAAGAGUACAAGUACUUAUAAACAGUUG